CUAUGUUUUGUGUUCAGAACGGUCGUAUGUCCUUUUGUCGAUGUGAUCGAUUGUGACACCUAUGAAAUUCGUCCUCAAGAUGAAGGAGCACGAGGUUCGUUUGAUUGGGCAUUCAACUACAAGCGAUUACCGUUGACCAAGAAAGAUCGUGAGAAUCCGACGAAACCAUUUCCGAGUCCUGUGAUGGCUGGUGGUUAUUUUGCCAUUUCGACAAAAUGGUUCUGGGAACUUGGUGGUUAUGACGAUGGCUUGGAUAUUUGGGGUGGCGAGCAGUAUGAACUAAGUUUCAAGGUGUGGCAGUGUCAUGGUCGUAUGGUUGAUGCGCCCUGCUCUCGUGUAGGGCAUAUCUAUCGUUGCAAAUAUAUGCCAUUCAAGAAUGCUGGAGUGGGCGACUUCAUCAGUAGAAAUUACAGAAGGGUUUGGAUGGAUGAGUACAAGCACAAUUUGUAUAAACAUCGCGCAGGUGUUGGAACAGCGGACACAGGUGAUAUUUCUCGACAAAAAGCUGUAAGGGAGCGACUCAAGUGUAAAUCGUUCGAUUGGUUCAUGAAAGAAGUUGCCUUUGAUCAGGACAAAUAUUAUCCUGCCAUCGAGCCAAAGCCAUCAGCUAGCGGAGAGCUGCGAAACAAGGGAGCAGGGCUGUGUGUGGACACACAAUUCAAGCAGGCUCAUCAACGGUUUGGAUUGCGAAAAUGUAUCAGCGAUGACCCAGAUGGUGCUGGGGAGCAGAAUCUUCGACUGACCCGUUGGCACGAUAUUCGUCCACUGGGGCGCUCGGUAUGCUUUGACACAUCCUCGUCAGAGGACAGAGCGCCUGUUGUACUUUUUGAUUGUCAUAGUAUGAAAGGAAACCAACUCUUCAAAUAUAACAUUGAAACGGGAGCGAUUUAUCAUCCGAUAUCAGCUCAGUGUCUAUCUGCAGAAAUAGAUGGGUCAGGUUAUGUGUUCAUGCAAAAGUGUGAUCCUAAUUCCCCGACUCAAAGAUGGUCCUGGCAGGUUAGCUAA